ACAUUUCAUCUCGCAGUUUUAGUUAUAGUUUUGAUAACCAAGCGAGAAGAUGGUUUUUGAAACCGAACGUUUUGAGACCAUUCUGAUUGAGUGUAUUGAGUCGAGAAAUGAGCACCAGUUUCAGUACAUUCUGGACGAGCUGAUAUUGAAUCCGAAUACAAGGCUGAAAUGUUUCAAUGGACUGUCAACGUUCGAGAAAGUUCUAACGAUACCGAAUUCGAGGAAACUCAUCGAGCUAUGUGUUUGCAAUGGAUGCGAUUUUUACAAGAAAAAUCCUGAUGGAAUAUAUCCACUACGCCAUGCCGUUGGUUCACUCUGCGCUGACAACCUAAUCGCAAUAUUGAAGCCGAAUAAAGAGUCCUUCACACCAUUAUGCGACGAUCAUUUUGUAGCCACUCAAUAUUCAGCGAUCAUAAAUGAAAAAUCGGAUGGAGGAAACAACUACCUCCAUCUGUUGGGUAACAACAUAACUGAAGACAAUUACGCAGAACUUUCGGAAAUGAUUAUGGCCAUGCUGGUGAACGGUUGCAACGUGAAUCUGCCGAACGGACAACAAGAAACGCCCUUUUAUUUGCUGUUGAAGAAUCCGAUCGUUGAAAAUAAUUUGUUAACCUUCAUCGUCGACAACGUACAAAUCGACUAUUAUGCGCACAAUAGCAAAAACAUCCAUACGUUGAUGGAGGAACGAGGAUUGGCAGCCCGAAUGAGUAAGAAAAUGGAUUUUACCGUUGACACGAACUACAUGGUCCAGCAUCUUGACGACUGGCAUGAGACACAAUUGGUCGAUAAUCUUAAACGCUGGAAACGGGACACGAAAGACCUUGACGAUGGGAUCAUGGAAUUGUUAGAAGCUGCAAUCGUUAAGAAUUUACCCGAAGCUGUUGCCAUUUUGAUGGAUCUUGGUCCGGACAUCAAUGGAAUUUCAAAAAAUGGCAAAUUCAAAAUGACGCCGCCAUUUUUGGCCUGUACGUUCGGACAUUAUGAAGUCAUGAAGGUCCUACUUAGCAACAUGAAUGUGUCAUUUCAGUCGACGAGUCUGCAAAGGAAUCUGUUACAUCAAAUAUUUUCUUCCGAAGCCAUUGAUCCUGUCGAUCGCCAGAAAACCUUCGACCUAAUUAUCGCUGAUCGACGAUGCACGUUGGACGUGAUUAAUCAGCCCGAUUCUGAAAAUCGAGUGCCUCUGCUUCUCGCCUGCCAGCACGAAUGCGAUGACAUUGUGAAGGAGCUGCUGAUACGUGGAGCCUAUAUUGGCUAUGACUCGGUAUUGACUUACAUCAAAAAGGACACCCUUGAAGAGUUCCUGGAUGAAUGCGUGAAGUGCUCCGGCGACAUCAACGACAGAGACCGUGAAAUUUACAUUGACUACAAAUUCUUGAUGCCUCCGCAGAGAAAUGAGCCGGAAAUCACACCAGCUUAUUUGAUUUGUGCAAAUUCGAAGCUGAAAGAAGUUAUCUUACAUCCAGUCAUGGCUUCAUUUGUGCUGCUCAAGUGGCGGAAGAUCGACUUCAUCGUUUAUUUCAACCUUCUGGUCUAUUUCGGUUUCAUGAUUUUCUUGGGCUACAUCAUCGUGGAUUUUCACUAUGUGCCCAAUAGAUUUAGGUACGACGAAGAAUAUUGCGACACCACAAUUGAAUUUCAUGACAUAUGGAUGAAGGUAAAUCUGCAGUAUGUUUUCAAUAUUCGAUCGGAGAACGUGAGUGACCCGAACAUUACAAUCACUCAAUUGCUAUUCGAGAACCGGUACGCAAUACGUAGCUUAUACAACGACACCUACAACGACAACCAUUUCGAAAAAAUUACCAAUAUCCUUAGCCAAUGGGACUCAAAUCUGGAAAUUAAAGAAUGGAAAACGCGAUUUCGACAAUAUUUCGCCGCCCAUGCGUUUUCUUAUUGGUUCGGAAUUUUUGGACUCACGUUGAUGGCAGGCUACGAGGUUGUUCAGUGCGCUAUGUCGUACAAGAAAUACUUUCUUAAGCCGAUUAAUUGGCUGGAUAUUUUGCUGAUCCUUACCUCUUUCUUCGUUCUCAUCGGAAAUUGGAAAUUAGAAUACUCACAUGACGAUUUCAAGCAAUUGUGUGUUAUCAUGAUUCUAUUAAUGGCCGCUCAGAGCAUUCAGCUCUUUUCCAAAGUGUCCGCUUUUUCAUUGUCUUUGCAUAUGGCAAUACUGAACAAAGUGUGUCGAACAUUCCUGAAAACCUUUGCCCCGUAUCUAAUUUUUAUUUCGGCAUUCGGCAUGAGCUUUUUUGCCUUGAAUUCAGCGGAAACUUCAGCGCACUUCAGCGCCAACGAAAUCAAUAUAGAUGACAAUAUUGAUGGAUUUUCAGAUACUUUCACAUCGACAGUUUCCACUAUUAGGAUGAUGUUAGCGGAUUUUAGUGUCGUUCAUAUUACGAGCACCGACCAUUUUCAAGGAAUUCUAUUUGUAGCAUUCAUGAUGUUGAUUUCAAUUGUUUUGUUGAAUCUAUUAAACGCUCUGGCAAUCAGUGAUACCAAUCGAAUAAUGGAAGUGGCUGAAUUUGUCGAAACAAAGAAACGAAUUUCUACUAUACGCAGCUAUGAUAACCUGCACUCGUUCCUCAAGGUGUCAUACGCCAAUGUGUUCCCCAAACUGACCACAAUUAUGAUAACACCGAAUAAAAACAGCUUCGUAAAAGUUAAACGAAGGAUGCAGAUUGUAGACAACGUUACCAUUCCAAUGCAAAAAACCGGAAAAGUCUCUAACUUUGAGUGUCUUUAUGACGAUUGGUGGUUUUUGAAAAAUGAAUUGAAACCUGUAACAUUCGACGAGAAAUUCAUCAACAAAAUUCUUGAUUUUGUGAAAGAUCGAAAACAGAAUGACAUGGAUAAAAUCAACCAAGAGCUGUAUGAGCUCCGCGCCGCCCAGGUAGACAUGUGCAAAGCUCAGGAAGACAUUUACAAAGAAUUACUGAGAAUUUCAAGUCAAUGCGAGCCGUCGAAGACAAUUGAGGAAGUCUCCCAUCUUUAAUGUUUUGGUGAAAUCAUAUCUCGACUGACAUUGCAACAACUUUUUUAAUUGAUAAGCGCAACUUCGGAACGAUUUAAUUCUUUUUGUACAAAAUAAGUCUAUUCCGUAGUACGGAAUCCGUACAUAAAAAGUCCAUUGUGUACCAUGAUUUUG